UAAUGUUAAUUCCUAUUAUUCUCUUCUUAACUUUAGUAAAUUGCCAAGAUAAUCAAGAUGGUAUUGAAUCAAUAUAGGAAAUAUCUCCUGAAGAACAACUUAGAUAGUUGUAAGAAUAAAAACUAAAGAAAGAAAAAGAUACAAUUUAUUAUACAUGUAUUAUUUUGGCCAGAAUGCAUUUGGGAAAUUAUGGUAGUGAACUUGUUGAAAUUGUAGAUAAGUGAUUAUUUAUUAUUAAUUUUAGUUAAGCAUCUAAAGAAGAACAAUAAAAUGUUUGGAUUAAAUUAUAUACAACACAUGCAAUUUCAUGUUCCAAAUAACUCACCUAUGAUGAAAGUGUUUAAGUGUUAUUAUAAGUGAGAUCAGAGGAAUUUGAUCAUUCAAGGUUACCUGCUUUAUUUUCUGAAAUCGAUUUUAAUUAAUUCAGAAAUGGUUCUUGGGAAAGAGAAAUCAAUGAUUUAGAAAAUACAGUGUGGAAAUACAUUGAAGUAUUAUUAUUGUUUAAAAUUAUAGGAUUUUGAAUCUGCAUUAGCAGAAGAUUCAAACAAAAAAAAAUAAUAAGAAAGAGAGAGAGAUGAUGAUUAUGAUGAUUUAGAUCUAGAAUAUUUGAAGAUUGCUGCUUAAUAGUCAAAAGGGAAACAUAGAACAUUACAUGAUUAUCAACCAAAAGUAUAAAAAGCCAACUUUUCAGAUAUUCUAUUUUUAAUACUUGUAUUUCUUUCCAUAGGAGCAGGUAUAAUGUGGAUUAUUAGGAAAUUAAGUACAGCUGAUGAAUAAUAAAAAAAGAAGAAAACUAAACAGAAUUGA